GCAUUUCAUUCCUAUAGUGGAUCCCGGUAUUAGUAAUUGUGAAGAACAGGGAACAUAUCCUCCUUAUGAUGAUGGCAUAGAAAUGGAUGUUUUCGUCAAAAACAUCACUGGAGACAUUUUUGUUGGAAAGGUUUGGAACGAAGUUACUACAGUUUAUCCAGAUUUUACUCAUCCAAAUGCAUCUAAGUAUUGGAGUAAGCAAUUCGAAAGAUUUUAUUCAGAAAUAAAAUUUGACGGUGCUUGGAUUGAUAUGAACGAACCGGCAAACUUUCUGGAUGGACAAGGUAAUGGAUGCCCAAAUACAACUUACGAUUUUCCACAAUACGUUCCGGGUGGCGUCGAGCCUUUGCAUACGCACACUCUUUGCAUGAGUUCUAAACACCACGAAAGCAUACAUUAUAAUAUCCAUAGCGUUUAUGCCUUUAACGAGGCUAUAAUAACUAAUAAAUUAUUGAAAACCCUUCUGAAUAAACGUCCAUUCGUAAUAUCGAGAGCCUCUUUUGCAGGAUUAGGCCAUUAUUCUGGGAACUGGAAUGGAGACAUUUUGUCUACGUGGGACGAUAUGAGAUGGUCGAUACCGUAUAUUUUAAAUUUCAACAUGUUCGGCGUAUCGAUGGCCGGAGCUGAUAUUUGUGGUUUCGAAGAAAACACCACCAUAGAACUUUGCAGUCGAUGGUCUGCUUUAGGAGCUUUCUACCCGUUUUCUAGAAAUCACAACUCUAAUGAUACCAUUGAGCAAGAUCCGGUGAUACUCGGACCUCAAGUAACUGCUGCCGCUAAACAAUCGCUUACUACACGAUAUUUUCUAUUACCGUUUCUUUACACCUUGUUUUAUAAGAGUCACGUGUACGGAGAUCCCGUGGUUAGACCAUUAUUUUUCGAAUAUCCAACUGAUCCUAAGACUUUUGCAAUUGACGAGCAGUUCCUGUGGGGAAGAUCAUUAAUGAUAAUACCCAUUUUAUAUCCGAAUGUCUCUAAUGUAAAUGGGUAUUUCCCAAACGAUACUUGGUAUGACUACUAUACUGGAAAAAUGUACGUUGAGAGGGGUAGUAAUAUCCUCAUACAUGUACCAAUAGAUAGAGUACAUUUGGCAAUUCGGGGCGGGUUUAUUCUACCCGCUCAAUUUCCAUCGGAUACCACAACUAAAAGUCGUUUGAAUGGUUUCUUCUUAAUCGUUGCUCUCAAUGAUUCAAAAAUGGCGGAAGGUGAACUCUUCUGGGACGAUGGAGAUUCUUUAGAUUCGUUAGAAAGUAGCAAGUAUAACAUUAUUGAAUUUAAAGCAUAUAAUAAUUAUUUGAAAACCAUCCCAGUAAUGAAAGGUUAUGAUAAGAUGCCAAAAUUAGAAACUGUUAAGGUAUUAGGAUGUGAAAGGAAACCGAAAUCAAUUCUUGCCAAUGGUGUAGUGGUCUCAUUUCAAUAUAACAAAUAUAAUCAGGUAAUUAUGCUUCUAAUUAUUAAUAAAGUUUACUGGACAAUUGUUUUUCCACACAUUUACUGUAAUAUACUGAACAUUGUAAAAUCCAAGUGUAAAAUUGUCAUGCAUAACUUUAAAUUCAUAUCCUAUUAGCAGUAAGCGUUCUAAUUUUCUAUAAAUUCCCCAUCAAUAUGUAUCAGUGCCAUAAACUUAAAAUGUCUUAAAAGAAUACAAUUGAAUCUUUUUAUACUGUUCUCACAUUAUUACAUUUAUUCUGUUUUGCAAAAUUUAUACCCAUUGACAAAAAUAAUCUUGUUGACUUCAUACAAUUCUGUCUGGUACAUAUCAGAGUUCUGUAGUAAAUUGAUUUCAAUUAUGAUUGACUGCACCCCAGCAUGCUGAAGAUUUUAAGUCUUCAAAUGACAGAUAUUAUGCAAAACUGAAGUUUGAGAAAAGCUAUGACAUCAGGUAAGGUAGUCGUUUCAUUACUUGUCCAUAAUCUGGACCAUGAACAGAUGUUGGGAUAAUGGAUGUUUGAAGGGUAUAGAUGCAAAAGUCACAUUAUCAAAUUUUUGGCAGUACAGU